UACAAUUUUUAAAUUUUUACAAUAGUUUUUUUAAUCAAUCGUAAUAAAGAUCAAAUGGGCGUAAACAUUGAUAAGAAAUGAUAAAAUCAAUAAUAAAAUUAACUAUUAUUUAGUGAAAUUAUCCUUUUACAAUUUAUGGUAACAGAAUUCAUCAUUUCAAUCGAAUCCAAAUUUAACCACGUUUCAUCGCGGAUCAAAGGAAAGCAAUUUUAUUGAAAUAAGUAAAGACUAACACUUUCUACAAAAAUGUCACAAAGAUUCAAUUCCAAAUUACUGCCUAUGAAGGCUCAUUAUUUUUUAUAUAAUGCAGGCAUUGCACCAAUAGUACCAUUUUUACCAACAAUUGCAAAGCAAUUAGGAUUUUCUAGCUUUCUUGUUGGAAAAAUUUAUAUGAUUUUACCUAUUUCUGGACUUAUAGCGAAACCUUUAUUUGGUAUUCUCGCUGAUAAAUAUAAAUUACACAAAACACUUCUUCUCACGUUUGAAGUGAUUCUUACUAUUGCAUUUUUUUCUAUUUAUUUUAUUCCUGAAAUACAUGAGCCAGUUGGAAAAGUCGAUUUGACUUGUGAAGGAGUAGCUUUUUUGGAAGUUUGUUCAUCCAAAACAUUUAGUGAUGAAUCUAUACGAGGUGUUAUUAAUGAUAAUAAUAAUAACGUUCAAUGUAAGAUUUCGUGUGAUGUUUUAUCACAACAUAAUACAUCAUCCUAUAAUGUACUAUGUCAUGAGUGGGGAGUGUCUCAAUUUUGUAAAUUCACCAACACCAGUAUUUUGGACGACUCGAGGUUUGACUUCACCGCAGUAUUCAACAUGAGUGAUGAUUUGAAAGUGAAAAACUGUGUAGAUAUUCGAGUAAGAAAUGCCAUAUUUGAUAACACUAAUACAACUUAUCGACCCAAAUGUGAAAAACUUUUUGCCACAACUUGUACAAUGAGCUGUCCAGGAGUAAAACAAAUGGAAAAGCUUUUAAAAGAAAUUGAUAUCAGUAAAGAAAGCCAAACAUCAACAUAUCAAUUUCAUUUAUUUUUAUGGGCUGCAGUGAUAAGCUGGGUUGGAAUGGCAGUUAUUGUGAUUAUUGCUGAUGCCAUUUGCAUGGGUCUUUUAAGUGAUGAUCGAAAAAAAGAUUAUGGAAAACAAAAAAUGUGGGGUUGUAUUGGAUUUGGAAUUUUUAAUAUUGCCGCUGGAUAUCUAGUAGAUAUUUUUAGUCAAGGAGAUGAAAAUAAAAACUAUUCUUGUAUUUUUUACAUCAUGUUGAUUUUCAUGAUUUUUGAUAUGAUUGUUUCUUUAACACUAAACGGGGAAUCAGCAGAUGAAUUUGAAGAAUAUUUAUCAGUAUUUUGGGAGUUAGGACCAUUAGGAAGAGAAGGUCGUGUUUUAGUUUUUAUUUUUUGGUGUAUUGGAGCAGGAAUGUGUACUGGAGUUGUUUGGAAUUUUUUAUUUUGGUACACUGAAGAAUUAGUUACAGCAGAUCAAAAAGAUUGGUUAAAAACUCUUCAAGGAUUAAUGACUGGAGUCCAGUGUUUUCUUGGAGAAUUACCAUUUAAUUUCAUUUCUGGCCAAAUACUUAAAAAACUCGGACAUUUAAAUGUUAUGAGUUUAGUACUGAUUAUUUAUGCAAUAAGAUUUAUGGCUUAUAGUUUAAUUAAAAAUCCUUGGCUAUUUCUUGGCGUUGAAAUUCUUCAUGGACCUACCCUUGGACUUUCUUGGCCCACAAUGGUGGCCUAUGGAGAUAAAAUCGCUCCUUCUGGUACUCGUGCUACAAUGCAAGGACUUGUUGGAGCUGUUUUCGAGGGCAUUGGAGUAUCAACAGGGAGCAUAAUCUGCGGUUACUUAAUAGAUACUUAUGGAGGAGAGGCAACAUUUCGUACUUUUUCAAUUGGAGCUUUGGUUUGGUUGAGUAUUUAUUGGAUAUUUCAAGUAUUAUUACGGCAAGCCAAAGCUUAUCCACUACAUCAAGGUCAUAGUCAUUUGGCAAGCUAUGCAACUCCAAAUGAAGCAAUACUUAUGACAAUGAGCCAAGAACUUCAAACGUAUUAAAUAAUACUAAGGUUUUACUUUUAAAAUUAAAAUAAGAUUUUAAAAUAUUUUUAUUAAUUAGAUUCCUAGCUAAAAUAGAUAGAAGUAUUUAAUUUUCUGGAGUUGGAAUCUUUUAAAAGGGCACAAUUUAGCUUCUAGUCUUCAUUACACGUAUAAUUGGAAGAAUGAUAAUUAUGUGAUUAUUUUUGUUAUUAAUAGUGAAUUUAUUGAAUAUUUAUUCAAUAAAUUUAAUAGAGGAUCAACAUUUAAAUUUAA